UCCCUGCUUAUUUAAUUCUCCGAUGUAGGUUGCGCAGCGUGUCAUCAUUGAAUGAAAAACCCUGAAGGCUGGCUUCUCCUCAGUUGUGCUUACUGCAUUUGGACUUGAUUACUCUGAAGGAGGUAUAGAGGAGGCAAAACAGUUGGUUGCGAAUUCGGAUUAUAUCUAUCAACUAUCACCAUCCGGUACUACUUAUGACUAUAGUCGACCAUUCAGUCAUGAUGUUAUCCACAAGUAUCUCAGCGCAGCGCUUUUCAGCUCGACAAAAUACUCAAAAUUGAUCAUGUCCGAGAAGGCGAAAAUUUUCAAAUCCUCGCUUCCUCAGAAGCCCCUUGAGCUAGAAUUACCAAAAGCGAUGGUGGCCAUGGCAGCUUGUGUGAUACAUUCCAUUGUACAAGACCAUGCGAAGUCUAUUGAGGAAAACUUUCCUCCAACUGGACUGAACUCGCUUUGGACGACAUUCAUCGCAGUCUUGACAAACUUAGAGACUGCUAGCAGGGUGAAUUACCAUAAGCUUAUGCAUAAGCUAUAUCUGAAAUCUUCUCGUUCUGUUGCCCCAACUGAGCAUGGUCUCUCUCAAGAUCAAAUUCUGCAACGUAUCAACCUUGCCGCGUUUGCAGCCAAUGGCAAUGAUGAUGAUAGCAGCUUAUCGGAGUCUGAUUUGGAUCAGAGAGCUUCGCAAGAUGCACAGAGAGCCACCACCGCUUUUUCAAGCGUCGACGGCAAUGCAACACUUGAUAGUCCUGGGUCAAGCAAUGGUGAUGGGCCUAGUGAUGACAGGCCUGGCAAUGACGGGGACGGAUCUGGUGAUAACGGUGAUGGGUCUGGUGGCAAUGGCGAUGGGUCUGCGAGUGAUGUGCACGAUAUCUAAGGAAAUCGUAGAUGUUCACAGCUUUCUUCAUUCUACACGUUGUAUGCCCGAAGUAAUUAAUUCAUAAUAUACACCCAUGGUUAAUAA